GAGAUCUUUGUAAGAGGCUAGCCGACCCUAUCUGAAAAACACUACCAUAUCUACAUACCUAACUCAUCAUCAUCAUCAUCAAAGAAUUGAAGUGAAGAUGAUUGAGGAAGUUGCUGGAACCCCCCAGGCCCUCCCUCUUCUGUCUCUCAACCAUGUUUCCCUCUUGGUUAAGGAUGUGUUUAGUUCGGUUCGUUUCUACGAGGAUGUCUUGGGCUUUUGCCUCGUCAAACGCCCUUCCUCCUUCAAUUUCCAUGGAGCCUGGUUGUAUAACUAUGGGAUUGGCAUACACUUGCUAGAGAGGGAAUCCUCUCAGAAUUGUGACACUGUUGCCGAUGAGCCUCGACCAAUUAAUCCCAAAGAUAAUCACAUCUCCUUUCAGUGCACGGAUGUGGCGGAGGUGAAGAGAAGAUUGGAGGCGAUGGGAAUGAAGUACGCGACGGCGGUGGUGGAGGAGGAGGGUAUAACGGUGGACCAAGUGUUCUUCCACGACCCUGAUGGCUACAUGCUUGAGAUCUGCAACUGUGACAACCUACCUAUGCUGCCUAUCUCCUCCGGCGGCAGCAGCUGCCCUCUCCGGCGACCCACGGCAGCGGCGGCGCAGCCUUCCACCGGCUACGGGAGCUGUGGGUUCAUGGAGGCGCUCAUGAUGGAGAGCUUGAGCAUGGACAUGCUCAACUUCUCAUUCUAAGUACUACAAAUUAAAUUAAAUUCAAUGCAAAUCUUGGAAUUAAAUUAAAUUUUGGUUAAUUAAAGUGUUUGUCUACUUAGCUAUACCACAAUUUAUCUAUACAAAUUUGAAAUAAAUAAUAAUUUUCUUGAUUUA